CGGAACGGGAACACGCUCGUCCCCCUCGGUCAAAUCCCUUCGGUCGGUCUCUGCAAUAUAUCGUUUGCUACCCCUCCCCUACCACCCUCCCUCACAGCGUGCACUGGCCGCAGUUUAUAUCAUAUAGGUUCACUCGCCCUCCGUCAGUCGCCUGCUCGCUUGUGCUUCCGCCGGUCUAGCCGUGUUCUCGUACUUUGGCGUCGCCUGCGAGCGUGCGUCGUCUCGUCCGCGCCGAUUGUUACGCUCUCCGCUUGGCCCAGCAACAGUGACGAAGGCGUAUUGGCACCAGCCGGCGUCUCCAACGAUCAACAAAUUCCUCCUCCGAGUCGGUGUCAGGCCAUUUCCUGAGCUUAACCAUAUAUCCGACAAGAUAGGUUGGUCAGACUUCCGGCGAGGCAGCAGUCUGCCAUCGGUGCCGUCAACUGCCGGCACAAUGUUUUCCAAACUCAAGUCGGGCACGUCGUCCGUCAGCCAGGGCGCACAGGUGUUGUCCACCAACAAUAUCCUCAACCUAUUCGAGGUCGGUAAAUUCGUGUGCUCGGCUGGCCCUGAGCUCAUAUGGAAGGUCUACGAGGGGUUCCGGAAACCGGACGGAAAGGAAGUAUCAAUAUUCGUUUUCGAAAAAAAAUUGGCAGACAAGCUGCACAAACCCAGACGGAAGGAGACGGUGACGGAGAUACUGAAGAAGAGCGUGCAUUACCUGGAGAUGCUCAGACAGCCCAAACUCAUACUGAAGGUGGUGCACUCGGUGGAGGACUGCAACGACACGCUCGCGUUUGCCGCCGAGCCCGUGAUCGCCAGUCUGGCCAACAUACUCGCGUACCAGGCGUCCGUCGGCGGCCGGGCCGUCAACGGGCCACCGUCCACCGGUGCGUCCAUCAUCACGGCCACGGCCAUGCCGCGGCCAGCGCACGCGAGGGAGUACAACUUUUUAGACUUUGAGAUCAAGUACGGCAUCAGACAGAUUGCCGAAGCCCUUGAUUUCUUAUCACCUCAAGUCCACCACCACAAUGUUUGCCCAAGCAGUAUAUUGGUCACAAAAACAGGAACCUGGAAACUUAGUGGUCUGGAAUUCAUUGUUCAGACCGAGGCUAGAGAGCGGAUUACUUGUACUCCGUGGACGUCUAGACUGCCAAAAAUGGCACAACCCGAUUUAGACUAUAUAGCUCCGGAAGUCCAGUUGUCUUCAUAUUGUAGUUCUCACAGCGAUAUGUUCUCGUUGGGAAUGGUAAUAUUCGCGAUAUUCAAUAAUGGUCGACCACUGAUACAAGCGAACCACAGCAGCUCAACGUACAUGAAACAAUUAGAUGUGUUAGAAAAUCAAAUUCACAAUGUAUUGCCCAAACUUCCAGCACAAUUACAAGAAAUGGCGACCAAAAUGCUGAGCAAGGACGUGGAUGCGAGACCGUUCGUCAAAAAUUUAUUGCACACUCCUUAUUUCUGCGAUCGUUUUGUGGAAACUAUUCAGACAUUGGAUAUUAUAAAUAUGAAAGAUCUAAUACAGAAAUGUCAGUUCUACAAGAUAACGUUGAAAGAGUCAUUACCAUUCAUUCCAAAGAAAAUUUGGUACCAAAGAGUUUGGCCGUUUUUGCAACACGAAAUGUUAAAACCAGACGUAUCAGCAGCAGUCCUACAUCCAGUAAUAUUCUUAAUACAAGAGUCCACUCUUGAGGACUACGAAACACUCAUGUUACCUGCUAUGAGUAAAAUAUUUAAUGGUCCAAAACAUGUUCCUGUGCAAGUGAUACUAUUGGAAAACUUACAUGUGAUAUUAGAAAAGACGCCAAGAGACGACAUCAGAAAAGAAGUACUUCCUUUAUUGUACACAGCAUUUGACUUUUCAGACAUAGAAGUACAGAGUGCUGCUGUAUUGGCUGUCACCAACGUUUCACAAUACAUGGAUGAUACAGCCAUAAGAAGAAUGGUACUGCCCAAACUCAAAAUGGUGUACGAAACCAAUCCCAACGAUUUGAAAAUUGUCCUAAACAUAUUGGCGUGUCUGGAAAUCAUAUUACAUAGGCUUGAAAAACAACAAAUUAUCGAGGACGUCUUACCACUGAUUUGGAUAGUAAACCAGACCGAUCCCGAAGUUAUAGCAAGAAUAGCAGUUAUAUACAGUAUAAUUUUGCGUGACAAGAAAUACGGUCUAUCAGUAAAUAUGAUAGCAACGAAAAUUAUGCCAACGCUGAUUCCACACACAAUGAAUCCCGGUUUGAAUUUAGAGCAAUUCCAAACCCUUAUUGAAGUUCUACAAGACAUGCUGGAACAGAUUGACAGAAACCAACGGAAUAAACUCAAAUUGGAUACAAUAUCCAUGCAGAGCCCAGACAGACACAGGCCUUUAAGACAUUUAUACAGUUCUGACAACAUGCAUGCACAAAACUUCAACAUACCAAACUUGAAAAUUGAAACGCGAAAAACGUCAAGUGCUGAGGAUAUGGUUAGAAAAAAUUCAGCGGGUAGCUGGUGGUUCGGCGGUUCGCCUUCCGGUUCCGACAGCAACUUCUUGCGCGUAGUCAGUUCGUUUCCGAAUCGCCGGCUGUCUGACAACAUGUUGAACACGCCGAAAAUCCGCGUGGCGCCGUCAUGUGCCUCUUCGCCCGGAAGCACGCCGGUCGGCACCGGUCUGCCAAUCCGGAGACACUCCAACGUCGAGCGCCGCGGGUCCACCAUCAACCUGUCACCGCCAUCGGGCUAUCAGUACUUCAGACCGAUUAACGGACACGAUGGGUCCACAUUGUCGGUGCCAUCAUCGACGUAUGGUGGUAGCAUGCCAAACACGAGUAGCAGCGUGCCAUACUUGCUCAGCUCCAGUAUGAACAGCAUCCGGUCAAGGAGGCAGAGUACAUGUUCAAAUAAUUCUAGUACUGGCAUUCUGCAACAACUAGGUUCCGGUGUGGUGAAACAGUUAUCCACUUUGCAAAAUCCGUACCAACUGUUUAGCGGCAACAAGUGAAAAGUCGUACUCAACUUAUUGCUUAAAUUUUACUGAACGGUCCGACGUCCCGUUUAAGUCUUUGUUUUAUGUACAGCUGUUCCGCCAAACUCGAAACUGUAGUAUUGUACAUCUAUCAACAACAUCAUCAUAUUACAGCUAGAAAUCGUCAACAAUUAUUAUUACUACUAUAUUAUUAAUGUCAUAAUUCUUAAGUUUCAUUAUAUUCAUAAUUUAUUCUUGUUCGUUAAGUGUGAUUUGUUUGUUGUUGUUUUUUUCGGUCUCUUCAACGAACCGAGUUAUAUGUUUAUUGUAUUAUUAUUAUUAUUAUAUUAGAUACUAUACGGUGUGUUCAAGCUAAGAGAUAGUCUAAAUAUUUCAUUUUGGUGACCUUGAAUUUAAAUGCAGUUUUCUGGAGGUAAAAGGUUGUAUUAAAAUACACGUUAGGAGACAAUUUAAAAUUUUGGAAUAUUUUGGUACGCACAUGCGCAUAAAAAAAUUUUUAUCUAAUUACAAAAUUAACAAUGAUAAAGUUAAUAUUUUCGAAUAAUCCGAAAUUGUUUACUAACAUUUAAACAUUUUCAUUUAAAUUAAUUUUUUUAUUUUUAAUUAGAUCGACAUAAACUUGAGUCAAUUUUGAUUUUAUUGCCAAAAUUUUGUCAAAAUUAUUUUUUAAAAAGAUAGGGCUGCCCAAAUAUUGUUUUAAAAAUAUAUGGCUCUAUUAAAAAAGUACAAUGUUCUUGUAGAUGAACGUUUUGGCCUUUUGAGAGAGUUAAAAAGAAAAUUGAAAAAAAAUUUUAAUGUUCCUAUAUAAAUAUGUGUAUAGUUUAGCUACCACUUAUAGCUUAUCAAAAAAGUCUAGAUUCAAUCAAACGUUACGUGACAAAUUUAUUAAUAUGUACCUAAUAAAAAAUUAUAACACCAGCAAACUACAAGGAAACAAAAAAAUGUUUCCUCCUUUGCCGAAGACUGUCCAACCAUAAUUGCUUACGUUUCUUGUUAUAUUUAUAAAACAUUUGCCUAUCAUAAUUAAUUUUAAUAUUAAAUUGUCAUAAAUAUUGUUUUUUUAUAUUUACAUAUAUUUUUUAAAAUAUUUAACAAAUUCCUAAUGGAGAGUCGCCCCCCUAGAGUCUGCUGAAGCACACUGUAUAGCAUAAAAGGUACGAUUAUGUUUAAAGAUAUUUUAUGCUAAUUAUUUCAAUAACUCUUGUCUUAAAAGUACCUAUAAAAUAAUCGGUAUAUAAUUACAAUGUUUGAAUAUUUGAUAUUAUAUAAUUGUGUAUAUUAACUUCUAAGAAAGGAAAAUGAAAAAAAAAUACGUUUGCAUAUCCCGUAUAAAAUGAUAAUUGUCACGUUUUAUCAAAUACUUUUGUUUCAUUUAGUUAUCUACGUCCCGUUGUCAUUAUUACAUAGAACGGUAUAACCUGCAGACUAUCACUUAGUUUUUUACACAUAUCUUCAUUUUAAUAAUUUAAUACCUUUUGCUCAACGCAUUUUUCUAUCUUAAUUAUUUAAUAAUAUAUAGAUAUCAAUUAAAAUAAUAUAUUUAUAUAUUCAGUUUUCAGGUACAUGCGCACAUUAAGUAUCUAUAUAUUAUGUAUUUAUUCAUUUCUAGUCUACUUAAUUAAAUUCAGUACUAUCGAAAGUAAAAAUGACAAUCAGUAGCUUGUUUUAAAAAUCUGCAUUUUAUCUUGUCAUGUAUCUAUAGACAAUCUUUUAUAAAUGUGUUAAUGUGAUAAGACUUAGAAAUCAUAAAAAAAAUUAAUACUAUAUAAUAUUAUUAUAGUAUCAAAUAUAAUAUUAUUUAUUUGUGGAUCGUUUGAAUUAUAUUUUUGUUUAAAAUCAUUAUUACAUUUAAUAUUAUUGUAAUAUUAUUAUUGUCAGUAUAUUAUAUUGGUACAUAGAACUGAUACAAAAUUAUAAUAAUAGAGCUAAAAUGAUAAAUUAACGUUAACGUAAAAUAUUUGCUAUAUUAUAUAGCAUUUCCUAUAUAUUUUCCAAAAAAACACAUUAUUUGUGACUUUGGAAUUACCACCAUAAUUCACUAGUUAUUACAUCCCCCCUUCAAAAUUCCUGGGCACGCCACUGUCCAGCAGUAAGGACAUGGGUAUUAAACAUAUAUAAUUGGACGUCUCCACCUUAUGAUGGAUAUUCGAUACACAUAAUAUAUUAAUAUUUAAUAAUAUUUUGUAAAAUAAAGUGUUACAUAAAUAAUUGUUAAUAAUCAUUUGAGCAUUAUACAUUAUUCAAUCGUUCUAUGUACCUGUAGACUAUAGCUAUUAUUUUAUGUACCUACCUACUGUUGACUUUCCAAUAUUAUUAUAUUAAAGUUAAUUAUCAAUAUCUAA